AUGGAUUCGGCUGUGCCGCCGGAUUCACCCGUCUCUCCGAAGAGGGAUAAGGGUGAUAAGGAGGUCGGUGAUGAGGGCUCAGUGGUUGGAAAGUCAGAGUCUUUAGGGGAAGCGAAGAAAGUGGUUCCGAGUUGGCUGUCUGUAGCUCAAGACAGGGAAGUUUUGAAGAAGUACGAGGUUGAGGUUUCAAGCAAGGGUGGUCUGCAUACCGUUGAGAUUCCAGAUGAUGUCCUCAACACUUCGACGCCGCUGUGGGAGGAUUUCGUUGUCGGGAAGUUCUUAGACAUUUCUCCUCAUGUAGCAAAGGUUCAUAUGGUUUUGAACAAGAUUUGGAAGUAUGGGGACACAACAACAAAGGUCGAUGUUUAUGAGGUUAACGCAACAACAAUGAGGUUUCGGGUUUCAAAUCCGAAAGCAAGGGAGAAAAUCUUGAAGAGAGGUAUGUGGAACAUUGCUGGAGUUCCAAUGAUAGUCACGAAGUGGACGCCAAGGUCUGAGGAAGAGAAGCAGGAAGAGGAAGCGAUUCCUAUGUGGGUUCACCUCCAUAGAGUCCCGCUCCAUAUGUAUUCAUGGGAAGGUCUCAGCUUCAUUACUAGCGCAAUGGGUUUUCCGGUGAAAUUGCAUCCGGAGACAAUAGCGUGUUCGAAUCUGGAGGUAGCAAAAGUUUUCGCAAAGGUUGACGUCUCAAAGGCUUUGCCAAAAGAGAUUAACUUUUCAAAAAAUGGCAAGGAGUUUGUGGUGGAUUUUCACUUUCCAUGGCUCCCAUCAAGAUGCAAGAUGUGUGAUAAGUGGGGGCACACAGAAGCAGUUUGUGUGAUGAAAGGGAAAAGCACAGAGAAGGAGUCAAAGGUGGAGAACACCGAUGUGGUUAUAGCAGAUGAGGUUCUCGAGGAUGUGGAAACAACCAAGGAUGUUGUGAGAGUAGAGGAAGUGGGUGCUCAAACUGAGGAUGAGAGAGUUGAUACAGGGGAGAAGGAAGUAGAGGAACUUCAUAUCUCGGCCUCGAAGUAUGCGGUUCUUAGUGUAGAUGAGGAAGAAGAGGAUGGUGAAAUUAUGGAGAUAGGUCUUCAGUCUGGCGCUGAGACUCAGGGCACAAAUGGCAACAAUGAAGAAGGUAAGGAGGGGCCUGUGGAAGUUAAAAUUGUUACCAACAAUAUUGGACAACAGGAUAAUGAGAUAAAGGACAAAGGGACAACGGGCAUAACGAAGGAGCAGAGGGCAAAGAAGGCUAGCUCACAGGAUGUGAAUCAGAUGGCUACGAGCACUAGGUCCUCUUGCCGCCAUCAUUAA